GUGUAUUUUUUUGGGUACUUGUUGUUCUUUCAUGCUCGGUAUCAUGGCCGCCCCCGGGUGUUCUCCUGUUGGAAUUGACAAGUCUGCCUUCGUUGUACGCCUGCCUCGCGUCGCUUUGCGUAUUCCCAAGCAGAAGUCGCACCGCGUAGCCAGCCUGCUUUCCAAGUACCUGCUGGAUAUGCCACGAGUUAAGCAUAUUGUCGAGGAUCCUCAAGACCCUUCUAUGCGCCUUCUUCUGUUUUCUGAGGCCAUCGCUCAACCAGAUUUGGAAGGCGUUUCCGAAGAGAAAAUAUUGGCCGUCAAAGAAAUCGUACCUCUGGACGUUGUGCAGCACGAGGUGGUUCUAGAUUACUCCUAUUGGCCUGUAGAGCAUAUCUUGAAGGAAAUUCUACCCGCUGGCUGUGAAGUUCCUUCCUCGUUUGAGACUAUUGGCCAUAUAGCACAUCUUAAUUUACGCGAAGAUCUUCUGACUUACAAGAAAAUCAUAGCUGAAGUUAUCCUGGACAAGAACCCAAAGUUGAAGACUGUUGUGAACAAAGUGGGGACUAUAACCAACGAGUUUCGUGUGCCAGAAUUUGAGAUUCUGGCUGGAGAACCUAGUUUAGUUACUGAAAUCAAACAACAUGGAGCUACAUUUCGUCUGGAUUAUGGGAUGGUCUAUUGGAACUCACGUUUAGAGGGUGAACACAAGCGGUUGUUUGCUCAAUUUAAACCUGGACAAGUCAUCGUAGAUAUGUUCGCAGGGAUCGGGCCGUUUGCUAUUCCAGCAGCUCAACAAGGGUGCGCAGUGUAUGCUAAUGAUUUAAAUCCAACCAGUGUGAAGUUCUUAAAGUUGAACUCAGACAUCAACAAAGUUGGGGAGAGUAUAAAAGCUUUCAAUUUGGACGCUCGUGAAUUCAUGCGUAAAUUAGUUACUGAGGAAGAAGGAUGUGUUGGUGAAAUUGCUUCAUCGACCCUCAUUGCUGAGAAUAGUUUAAACGGUACCAGAAUUCCCUCGAGUAAAGAAAACAGCUCGUCUUUAACGGAAGGAAGCGAUAUGCCAUCUAGCAAGAAACCAGAAGAAAGGAAAGCGAAGAAAGCGAAGGUAUCUGAAGUUGUGAAGAUGAAAAUAUCUGAUGUAAAGCCUUGGGAGCACUUCGAUCAUGUGGUCAUGAACCUACCAGCUUCUGCCCUGGAGUUUUUAGACGUACUUAACGGACUUCUUUGUAAAGGGAGAUGGAAAGGGACUAUGCCUCGGGUCCAUUGUUACUGCUUUAUGCGAUCUAAUGAGACAAACGCAGAUAUUGUAAAGAAAGCAGAAACGUACUUGGGGGGUUCCAUUGCUGAUCCUGAUGUCUACGUCGUUCGGGAUGUUGCUCCAAACAAGAUAAUGCUUUGUGUGAGUUUCAAUCUGCCUGAAGAAGUUGCAAUUGCCGUAACCGCCACAGAGCCUGCUGCUUUAGACCAGAACGAUGCAUUAUCAUUAGAGUGAUUAGUUGCUGAAUGAUCAGAUAUUUCUUGAAUAUAUUGAGAAGAACCUCGAUGUGUCGUUGAUUAGAACAACUCUCCUGUGAUGAAUUGGCCUGGCUGCUGACUGACCUCAUUAGGGAUGUGUAAGUGAGGUAUGACUAAAGCCACAAACUGAAAUCAAAUUAACUUCAGAUUGUUUCUGGUGAUAA